CUAGCGAGAUGCUCUCAGGCACCAGCGGGCAGCAGUGCCUCGUCAGCCAGUAGAGCUGAAGACGGAGCUGGAGGGCUGGGGCUGCGCAGGAGACCUGCAAACCAGAACUGCAGACAGUUCUUAUCUUUCAUGCUUCCUUCUUUCUAUUUAAAAAAAACUCCCCUGUUCCCACUGCAACUUGGAAGAGCGAGACGUGAUUCGAAGAAACUGACGCAGAGGUUUUAUUUAUGUACCUUGAAGAAGUUCUGGGCAAGUCACUCAACAGAACCCGCGAGGCCUAGGGUAACCCCAGGUCCCGGCGCCAGUUCAGCCUGGCAGUGCCUUUUGAUAGUCAACCCGCAUCCCGGGCAGGGGUGCCAGGCGCCCCCUGACUUUGCUUUUGGAGUAAUGAUACUACCUGUGGCCUGGACCCAGGUGGCCUCGCUUGGUGAGCGUCCCCACCAGGUCUGACUGCCACUGUGGCUCAGAGACUCUAAGCUGUAGUCAGCAUGAUGGAUGAUGACACCGAACUGAGGACUGAUGGCAACUCACUUUUAAAGGCUGUGUGGCUGGGGAGGCUCAGGCUGACCAGACUUCUCCUAGAAGGAGGGGCUUAUAUCAACGAAAGCAAUGACAAAGGUGAAACAGCUCUCAUGGUGGCAUGCAUCACCAAACAUGUGGACCAGCAAAGCAUCAGCAAGUCCAAGAUGGUGAAGUACCUGCUGGACAAUAGGGCAGACCCCAAUAUUCAGGACAAGUCUGGCAAGACUGCUCUCAUCCAUGCUUGCAUCGGAAGAGCUGGAGGAGAGGUGGUUUCCUUGUUACUGGAGAACGGAGCAGAUCCCAGCCUCGAGGAUCGUACUGGGGCUUCAGCCCUGGUUUAUGCAAUUAACGCAGAUGACAAAGAUGCACUGAAACAUCUCCUUGAUGCCUGCAAAGCCAAAGGGAAGGAGGUGAUUAUUAUAACAACGGAUAAAUCAUCUUCAGGCACCAAAACCACCAAACAGUAUCUUAAUGUCCCUCCUUCACCCAAAGUAGAAGACAGACAGUCGCCUCCACUGUGUGCAUCUCCCUCAAAUAUUGAACUGAAGGCUCCAGGCCUGGGCUGUCCACCCAGUGAGAAGGAAGAUGACUUCUUCAGCCUCCAAACAGGGCACCCAAGUGGUUGCAACACCUCUAAGGCUCUUAAUGAGCUCGAGUCACCCACCAGGAAAGUCGGGAACCUCAAAAGGGCCCGUUUACCCCAACUGAAGAGGCUCCAGUCUGAACCCUGGGGCCUGAUCGCGCCCUCUGUGCUGGCAGCCUCCAUGCAUCAGGAUGAGACCCAUGGUGCCAGCAUCGACAAUGAGGUCGUCAAAAGCAUUAGUGAUGUGUCCUUCCCCAAAAGGGGGCCCCUUUCCAGAACCAACAGUAUUGAUGGCAAAGACCUCACCCUCUUCCCCCUGGUCACAGAGCAGGUUCUGAAGAUUUCAGCCUCUUCAGCACCAGCAUCCUGGAAGGCAGCCUAUGAGAAAGGUCAGGCUUCCCACCCACGUCUGGCCAGAAGAGGAACUCUCCCUGUUGACCAAGAGAAGGGUGGUAUCAGCUCAUCCGGUCCCUCUGGACUCAAAGAUGCAGCAUCCCUCAAACAGCUAGAAAAUGACCUCUAUGAUUUAGAUUUGCAGCCAGGGGCUGACCCAUCCAACUCCGUUUCCCUUGAAUCAGGCAAAGGACCUUUAGAUAGAAAGAAGCUCAACAGCUCCCACUUGUCUCUUCUCCAUGGCUCUCGGGAGUCCCUGGACACCGUGCCCAGCACAUCUCCCAGCUCAGUGCGCCGUAGGCCACCGCAUCUUCUAGAAAGACGAGGUUCUGGAACUUUGCUACUAGACCGAAUUUCUCACACUAGGCCUGGCUUCCUUCCACCUUUAAAUAUAAAUCUGAACCCACCUGUCCUGGAUGUUAGAUCCAGCAGCAAACCUUCCUCUCCACUUGCUGGUGGCUUAAAAUCCAUGGUUCCUGUUGCUCCUAGUUCACCAAAGAGAGUUGAGUUGAGAAGUAAAAAGAAGCUCCUCAGAAGGCAUUCUAUGCAAGUUGAACAGAUGAAGCAGUUGUCUGACUUCGAAGAAAUCAUGACCUAGAAGCUUUUAAAGAGAGUUUUUUUUUUUUUUUAAAUCUGUAUGGUUUCUGAAUGGUACCAUAAUUUAGACUAACACAGCCAUGCAGAUUUUGUGCAUUCUGAUCAUUCCUUAAUGUUGGUGUGUGGCUGCUUCAGAAGAUAAGGAAACAGGAUGCUGCUCUCCUUUGGAAACAAUCUCUGGGUUUUUAUAGCCCUAUUUGAAAAGAGCGCAGGAUAAUUGGGUUUUGAAGAUGAAAUUACCAAAAAAAAUUCCCCAAAGGAAGAAAACCUUUGGAAUUUGAAAUAAGCAUAGCAAGGAUAAUGAUCUAAGGCUGUUGACACCAGUUAUUUUCUAUCAGACAAACAGUAAUUUAAGUCAAAAGAUGGUAUUUGAAGUAUGUCAUUUGUAAUAAAUCUACAAAGUGCCUAAAAGAAAAUGAGGCUUUAAUAUUUGUUAGAAUGUGCAGAAGCUCAAAAGCAGCCCCUAAGUUAUGAAAUCUGAGUAUCUGAGUUACAUCUGGAGGAGUAGAAAUAGAACUCCCCAUCACAAAGGUUCAGGCAUGUGGGUCCUGCCUCUUACCAUGUCCUGGGGCACUGUCUAGCAUAGCAUGGUCGAGAUCUUCCAGAACUCUGGUAAUGUACUUUGUUCACAGACUAAUUUGGAUGUGCUAUGAGACCCCAAAUAUCACAUCUAUAUGUCCUCCAAAGUGUAAUGUGUCACAGUAGUUGGUGCCUCAGAGAUGAAUCUUGUCCCUCACACCCCUGUCCUGACACAGGCUCCGUGUUGAAAUCUUGUGAAAACAGUCAGGGUCUGUGAACUAAUUUGGAGACGAACAUGACACAAUUUAUAGAAUAGACCUAUAAGAAAUGUUUUCUGAUUAUUCUUAAGAAAAUUUGAUGAGAUCUCUCCAAACCAGAGUGAUAAGUGAUGACGGGAUGUGCAUGAUUAAAAGGUAGAGUGGAUGGCUCUUAGGCCAGAAGCAGUGGGCACCAUUUAAUUUUGUAGCCUGAAAAUUUUAGGGGAUACUCAUGGUCAUUUCCCCACCACUUAGCUAGGUAAUGCAAGAAAAAUCCGGCUUCUUCUUUGCCUGAAUUAGGAAAUGGGAGAUUUUUAGAAAUAACCUGCACAACUCUUUUAACUACUUUGCACAAACCCAAGACAGGAAGCAGAGACUUAGCACAUUUGGUAUAAUGUAGCCACAUUUUAGAUGAAGAUAUUCCUGGUUAUUUUCCCAUCUAUUUUUCAUUUCAUGCUGCUUAGAUAUAUUUGUUCUAUGGUUAAAAAAAUUCAGCAGUCCUUGGGGAUAACAUCAUAUAGAGGAAAGAGUAAAAGCUCUGAGCCUUGGAUUUGCAUCUCAGUUUCAUCAUUUACCUGCUGCGUGACCUUGAGGAAGUAUCUUAACUUCUCUUAGCCUUCAUUCUCUCAUCUGUAAAAAGGGGUUAAUAAUGCUUCCCCUUGGGAGGCUGUGGUGAGAAUUAAAUGAGACAACGUAUGAAAGUGCCUGUUACUGUGCCUGGCAAGGGUGGAAGAAAUUGGAUAAAACAUAACUAAUUUCAAUUUACUUCUUCAGACCCCUGAAGCCUCAAAAUCUCAAAUAAUACAUAAUAUCCUACAGAAAGUAAAGGAAAAUCUAGCUGAAAAAUUCAAGUGUCCUCUUGAGAUCCUCAGUGAUUAUAUGAAUACUGAGCCCUAUAACUCAUUCGUAAGGUAAAAUAAAUUCUGCCAUAGAAAAUCUACAUAUCACACCAUUUUUAUAAUGACAUUUACUAGAAAUUUAUCUGAGUAUCCCCCCAAAAAGUGCUAAUGAUGGUUAUAAAUAAACCAAAUGUUUAUUUUUUAAUAAUGCCUUUAGGGCAGGCACAUACUCAACCUCAGCACUAUUGACAUUUUGGAUUGGAUAAUUCUUUGUUAUGAGUGGCUGUUCUGUGGAUUGUAGGCUGUUUAGCAGCAUCUCUGGCCUCUACCGAUGAGAUACCAGUAGCAUCUUCCCCUUAGUUGUGACAACCAAAAAUGUCUCCAGACAUCUCCUGAGGCAGCAUUACCUCGGUUUAUCACCACUGUCCUAGGAGAACAACUGUGUACAUGGUAGAAAUAUAUCAAGAACAAAAAGCUGCUUGGUCUGGCUGGCUAGCGAGGCUCUCCCACUACCUUAAAGGCAAUUCAAAUUGUGCUUUAGUAAGAUGACUAAUUAAUAUACAACAUGGGCCUUCAGGAUCCUUGGCAAACACACAAACAUGAGUGUUAAUGGCCUCUUGUACUUUGCAGGAAGGGAAGAAAAUGAGAAGAAAAGCACACAAGCUAGUGAAAACCUGUGGCUCGUGAGCUUGGUCUAGUGUGAACAAUCUACAUGCUUUUCAGAACCAUUAAGUCAUUCACAGUUCUUACCAAGUGGACAUGAUCAUAGGCAAAGAAACAACUCUCCAGCGCAUUAAAGAGAGACUCACACAGAUAACCAUUGUUCUCAGCAGCUCAAGUACACACACACUGUACACUGUAAGUAGUUUUCCAACUGUUGCUAGCAUCAGUUAAAACUAACCUCUGCUAGUAGUAUCUAACUAUGGGGAUAGCAAGAUACUGCAUAGGAGAAUUUUCCUAAACUUUUAGCUAAGAUUUGAAAGCCUAAUUUAUCCUAAGUAGUGAAUGUGGUACAUUCGUAGCAAUUAACUUAGGUGAAACACUAAACGUGGUGAGUUGACCCUUUGGAAUAGUCUGUCCAUCGCACAAAUGCAUAACACCAGGUACUCUUAUGCCACUCAUUGCCUGCGCCAGUCAGUUGUGACUUUUCCAUUGGCCUUUCUCUAGACAGUUAUCAGGGUAGUACCUUAUUUCAUGACUACUUGACGAGGCCUUAGCUGAAUUAGACUGCUCCAAAAUAAUACAAUAAUCACAACACUUUAUCAUGGUUAAUGCAUAAAUAGGCAAUUUUGUCCAUGUCAACAAAUCUCACAAGAACACGUUUUUUAAAGCAUAGUUAGAUUCAAACAUGCUAUCUAGAUUAGAGAUUAGCUUUUCUUUCUGGAAUCCUAGAGUCACUACAGAAGGUAGCUGCAAACUAUAGUUUCAAUAACCCAUGUACUUAAGACUUUCUGGAAUGUUUAUCAAAAUAUAUUAUUGAAAAUGUGCCUGAAGUUUAAAGUUUGGAACUUCGGUUUGAUUUCUAUACAUUCCAAAGCCUUCUUUUGUUUGUUUGUUUAAAUCCAUUGUCUAUUCUCUUAGAAUUUCAUCCAGUAAAUGGUACUCUGCCAAAUA